GAACCCACUAGCAAGUACAAAAUUAUCUGAUUUGUGGUGUAAAUAUGUCUAAGUUGAUAAUCUCUGACAUCAAGAAAUGUUCCCCAAUGAAUGAUUGGAUCAUGAGCUCAAUUAUCAGCACAUUUUCAAUAGGCUAAACCAUUUUAUUGUUCAUGAUCCAAUUGAUUGAGUGUUUUUCUUGAUUCGUAUUUAUUUUGUCACUACAAAUAUGAACUGUCAUUUUAGGAUUUCCUCGAACUGAUGGUGGAAUUUUGUUGCAUUUAAUUCAUUCAGAAAUAUCUGAACGUUUUUAUCCCGGAUUAAAAAAUGGCACAAGUUGGUGGCCUGCAUAAUAACCCUUUAUUGUUUAAUCAUCAUAAACUCGAUAAUGGCAAUUCUAAUUCAUUGUCACAAAUAUUUCACCUACAACUUCCUGAGUUGAUUACUCCGUUACAAAUAAGCCGCUCGGCUGCAUCCAGUGCAUGUCCAUCCGAUGAUUCCGGGAUCGAGAGAACUUUGAAUCUGAGUCCGUCAUCCCCGUUUCCCGAAGAUUCCGAUUCAGAUGACGCUCAGUCAUUUAUUAGCUUUGAUGUGAGAAAUUCAACUAGUCAGUCGCAGAUUCCUCAUCAUCCACCAAGAGUGGGUACAUGUCGUUUCGGUUCCACUGUUAAAUACGUAGAGUCAGCCAGACUUUCGCCUCCAGGGACUUGUGCAGCAGCGGUCGAAGAUAAAUACUAUCCUGUAGCAAGUCCUAGAUCAUAUAAACCUAAAUUUAAAAGUGGGAAUCGUUUCCAAAUCCUAUCAUAUGAUCAAGUGACUAGGUUACACAAUGUCUUAUCGAAAACCAUUCCAAUCCAUAGCAGACAUCCAGGAUUCCCAACUAUUAUGGUCAAGCUCAAUGAUUUGUUUAGAGCAGUCCGAGGAAACCUAAAAUCGGCCGGAAUUCCUAUUCGGAAUAUGCGCCUAAACGGUGGUGCUGCUUCAUAUAUUAUUGGACGAGAAGACUAUCCUGUCUACAAUGAUAUAGAUGUUUUGGUUUCUGUCGAUUUGACCUCAAAUAGUUCGACAAUUCAAAAAGUGAAAUCAGCUGUAUUGAAUGCUUUGAUAAGUUUCUUACCGGAUGACAAAAAGAUAGAAACUUCUCAGCAGCAUGAUAUUCACAGUCAGUUUCAAAAAAGCUCUAAUUCCCAAUCAUUAACUGUAUCGUGUUCCGAUCCCCAAUCUUCUCAUAAUGUUCCAACAGUAUCAGGAAACAGUCAAGGGAUGUCAGUAACUUUAUCGCCCAACAGUUCGCCUGUUAGAAUCAACAGUCACUUCAGUUCCACAGAGUUGAGGCGCAGUGAUACUAUCAAAGUGAAUAAUGUUAUGAAUUCUAAUUCUACUGAUUCCGAAUUUGAAAGACCUGUUGGUUUUGAGCGCGUCAAUGAUAUCACACAGAAUCAAUGUGGUGUUCAUAUGCUCGGUAUUCCACGACCCAACGCUGUAGGAUGUUCUUGUCAAAGGCCACCACAUCUUCCUCAACCCAUUUCUUUUCCUUCUUUACCUUUUAUGCAUCAUGGGCAGCAAUCUAUUUACAAUACUCAUUCCCCAUUCAAAAGUCUUAAUAUAAACUCAGUGAACCAUAUUCAAAGUCCUACUUCAAUCCCUAGUAGUUCCAAUCCUUCAGAUGGAUUCAGUUUACGCGAAUCGUAUGUGUACAAGCAAUUCCGUAAAUUUAGUCAAGAUGAUGAUUGUUGGUCUCUUUUAUCGCUUGGUAUUCCUUCUUCUGAUUCUAAAGUAAUUGAAUUUAAAUUUGUUGAUCGAAUGAAACGUCAGUUUGAAUUCACUGUGGAUAGUUUUCAAAUUGUUCUCGAUCCUUUGUUAACAUUUUAUGAAUCUAAUCCAGAAAAAAGCUUAACUACACAUUUUUAUCCAACUGUUGUGGCUGAAUCAGUAUCUGGAUGUUUUUCAGAAGCACUUUAUCAUUUAGAAAAUAAAUUAAUUGCAACUACUGAACCAGAAAUGAUUCGUGGUGGUGGUCUAUUGAAAUACUGUCGACUUUUGGUUAGUGGAUACAAACCAGCCGAAGGUGUUGAUGUAUAUACACUUGAAAAAUAUAUGAGUUCGAGAUUUUUUAUUGAUUUUCAGGAUUUAUCCAGUCAAAAAGUCAAAUUAGAAGCAUUUUUAGCUAAUCAUUUUGCAGAGCAUGAAACUACUGUGAAAAUCAAUUAUUUGCGCAUUUUAUAUCAAGUAGUAAGCGGUUCCACCAUAUGUCUUAUGUCUCAUGAACAUUUUCAAACUUUAAAUCUUAUCACAGAAUUGUUACGUUAUUUUAUUCAUUAUAAUUAUUAUUAUUCACAUUUUAAUCGUUCAUCAUUAAGUUUGGAAUGGUUCGCUGCAAAACAAAAUCUUGUACUUGAUAAAAUUUAUUUUGGAACACAACUUUUUCCUGUAAUUUCAAGAAGUGAAUCUUAUGCGAAAAAUUGUUUUUGUUAUGAGCAUAAUAAAAAAUCAUCUCAUCUUAUUCUUGAUAAUUCACCACAAUUUUCAUCAAAUUCUAAUUGCCUUCCCACGGAACUGAAUUCAUUCACCAAAUCUACGCCUAGUACAACAGACAAUGAUGGUUGUCUUACUUCUUCUGGUGAUGAUGAUGACAUUGAAGAAAACAAGAAAACACCUGAAACAAAAUUAGGCUUCUACGUAGAAUGUGAAGAGUUAUCAUCCACGUAAAUUGAUGAAAACAUCAACAACAACACUAUGAGACGACUGUACUCUGUGUACAUCCAACUUUCCAAGUGGUGUUUAUAUUAUAUUCUGUGUGUUUAAAAUUUCUCCUGUCCAAUGUGACUUUGUGUCGUGCACAUAUUGUUCUCUGUGUGUGUGUGUAGGUUCAUCAGUUAUGACGUGAUUUUGUAUUGUUUCGUCGUCUUAAUUCUUCCUAUCUGAUGCAUGUGUUGUUGUUUGUUAUCUGUUGUGUAUAAGCAGGAAAUUUUGUUUCAAACUCGUUCAUGUAUCAAUGAUAAUAAUAAUAAUAAUAGUAAUAAUGACAAUGCGCAUUUACUGGUUGGCUGGUUGAUGAUGAAGAUGCAGCUCUCUUGUAAUCUGUUUUUGAUUUUUUUUUUAUGGAAUACGACCAAUUAAUCCCAUGAAAUGAAAUGGAGUCAUGGUUUAUGAGAACGGCGAAAAAAAAAUACGGAGUAACAAGGGGAAAAAUGCACUGCCAAUUGAAAACAAUUUCAACCCGGUGAUGGGUGUUUUGUGUAAUCACUUGUGUGUGUAUUAUUGUGUUACUACUUGGCUUCACCGAAUUGUAUUCAUCUCAAUUUGUAUCGUGUACUGUUUUCCUUCUUUGUUUUUUGUCUUUCAUCAUUGUUCCAGUAUUGAGUCUGUUCUUCUUUCCUGUAUAUAAAGCUGUGUGUGUGCAUGCGUGUGUGUCGAAUAUGUAACCUACUGAUACUACUGAUGAAAAAUAUGGUGUCAAUGGAAAAGUGUAUGCAUAUACAUACACACGCCACUUCGCUUUCAGUAUCGCACAAAACAAAAACUCCAGUAUUGUUUGUUGUAUUGAGCCCUGUUCUCUUAUUGACAGCUUCUCUGUUGCAAUCAUACGAAAUGGUUUUUUCAAGUCAUUCUUUUCUCUAUGGUCGUGAGGAGGAUAGUCAAUUCAAAUCCUGUGAAUAUAUAUAUAUAUAUAUUUCUAUAUAUUCAUCAUUAAAGUAUGGUCAACUUUCAAAUGUGUUUUGUUAUUCAUUCUUCAUAUUUUCUUCCGUUGUCUGUAUGCCAUUAUCUUAUCAUUCCAAUAAGAACAUCAAUUCUUGAUUAAGCAUUCAACAAUACAUUCUUGAAAUGUAUCUGUUAUUUAUCUUGCGGUUGAUUGAUCUUAUUUGUAAUAAUUGUUUCGCACACGCAACACAUCCUCUUCAUCCCUCAUACAUCUCUGGUUUGUUCUUUUCCCUUACAUCACAAUGUAAGUAUUAAUUUUCAGUGUACAUUUUUCUUCGCUUUCAUGAUUGAUUACAUGUGAUAAGUGAAGUUGAGUUUACGGCCAAUUCCCUUAAGCGUGGAUGUCCACGCGAAGUUGCAGCUGCUCUAUCCAUACAUCUUGUGGAUUGUACACACACACACACACACCCAAGAACAUUCAUGAACUUCAAUUGGUUUCUGAAACUAUUGUUAUUAUUAUUAUUAUUAUUACUAUUAUUGUUAUUACUGGUAUUACUAUCACUACUACUACUAUCUGUUGCACUACACGCACACACACACACACUUACAUUGUGUUCUGUUUUGUAAUUUGUCUGUGAUCUAUUUUGUCCUUGUGGCGAUUAUCACUCCAAAUCAAUCGGUCAAUCAAUCAACAUAUUACACACAAGAAAAUGACUACAUUUGUAUUUGUCCUAUUGUUUAUUUCGUAUUUGUAUGUGUGUGUGUGUGUAUGUGUAUGUGUCAGUGGUUGGUAUCAUUAACAUUUAUCAUAAAAUUAUAAUACUUAUUAUUAUUAUUAUUAUUGUUACUUCUGCCCACUUCUAUCAUCACUAUUAUAUAAUU